AUGUAUGGUGUCAAGGGAACGACAUCAUUCAUCAAUACCGUAGCACGCCAAGGCGUGCUAUCCAAACAGCUUACCGCAGCUCACGCCACUCCCAAAACCACAGCGUACCUGAACUCAUUCCCUUCUCGUAAUGUGUCGGCCAAGUUUUCAUAUACCACCAGCCGUGCAUCUACACAAUUUGGACCCAACAAGUCGUCGUUGCAACAGCAGCAACAAGAUCAGAAUGACAAUUCUUCUCGAUCUCGUUUCCAGGGCCGUCACCAAUGGCCACUUUCCAAAUUAUCCACUACCCAGCAGCUGCGCUUCCGAUCGACGCUCAAUGCCGCUACUGAGGUCUUGUCGGAGGCGCCUUCGGUGGGCGAACUGAAUGCCCGUAUUUUGGAAGCAGCACGAAAGAACAAUCCUCAGGCCGUUGUCGCUGAAUUUACGGCGGGCAAAGAAGCCGGCGCUCAAUUAUCCGAGCAGACGUACGAAGCCGUCGUCAAGGCCUACGGCACCCUUCGCAAAGAGAACCAGUCUUUGAAGCCUCUUUUGAGUGUCUACGAUGAUAUGGUGGCUCACGGUAUUCGGCCCACUUCUCACACUUACGCUAUGCUCAUUCGAUCGUUAUGUUUGCGGGAUCGCGAGGUCAACAAGACAUUGACCAUGCUUCGUAACCGCAAUGCUCGUUUUGCAGGCACUGUGUCAGCCAAUGACUUGACCGAUCUUGAAUCCGAGAACAACUUUGAACAAGCCAUUGCUCUUUUCAAUCAAGCCGUCCAAGAGAACCAGACCCAGGAUUUCGACACUGACCUCUACAACAAGCUGCUGCAGACUGUUUCGCACAAAGGCAAUACCAAGGAUGGUCUUUACAUCUUUGAACAGUUGGAGAAUGCCAAGAACGCCAAGGCUAACAGUGUCACUUUUGCUGCUUUGGUGUCUCUUUUCGGUGUGGCCGGCGAUCUCGGCGCCAUCAACGAAUGUUUCAUGGAAUACCAGGUGUUGAAGAAGAAACUUGACCGCCACCACGAGCCCCUGGUCGUCUACAACGCUUUGGUCCGCGCUUACAUUGACGCUGGUGAUUUACAGGGCGCCAUCAAUGUCGUUGACCAAGUUAUGCCCAAUGACAAGGUGGAAGCUAGCAUCUUCACCUACAAUCUUAUCAUCCGCAAGGUGUGCAGUGACGGCGAUCUUCCCAAGGCGGCGGAGCUUAUCGAGAAGCUGGUCUCUGAUCCAUCGUUGCCCAAGCCGGACGAACACACGUACAGCCACUUGUUGACGGCGUACUGUCGCGCGGGCGAUCUGGCCAAGGCUACCGAGACCUACGAAGUACUGAUCCAAAAGGAUAUCAGCAAACAGUUUGGCCAUUUGGCCAACUACAUCCAACUGUGUGCCCGACAAGGCGAACCGGAUAAAGCCGUUAGCGUAAUUACCGACAUGUGUGGACGUGGUUUGAAUUUGGAUGUGAACCUGAGCCGCACCGUGAUUUCGGCGUACAUCAAGGCUGGCAACUGGGCCAAGGUCACGGCCACCCUGGAUAAGUUUGUCGACUUGUAUUUCCGACACACCUACGUUCGCAAUGGCAGUCCCAUGGUGGACUAUGUGCAUGAAGUCGCUACGGAAGCCAAGGAUCUCGCGACGUCGUUGAAGGUUAUGCAGAUCAUGAUGAAGUGGAAGAUCCCUUCGUCCGGUACGGUGGCGGAGAAGAUUGCUCGCAAGUACGAAAUGACCAAACGGGAUCCUGAAGCCUGGGCCGCUUUCACACGAACGGCCAACGAAUUGUCAUUCAACACAUUGUAUGAAGCAGCAUUCCGAAGAGAAGACUCUCGCGAAACAUUCAUCACCAUGGCAUUUUCACUGCUGAGCGAUAUGAUUGCCGUUGGCGUCCAGCCCACCGGUAGUCUGUACGUACGUGUACAAGCGCGUUUGCAGAAAUACGCUACAUACGAAGCCGAGGUCCGAUGGAAGGAACAGUUCGCGCCGUUCUUGCCGGUCAUUGAAGAACGUAUUGCUCAAGAACAGCAAGAAAUUGGUGAUUCCGAUAAAUCGACUGCACCUGCGGUGACCAUGCUUUCGGAUAUGCAAUCUGGCGAAGCGCUUGGUGCGGCUCUCAGUGGCGAUUUUGACAAGGCAAUCAGUAUCAUGAAGGAGAAGAUUAUCGACCAAGGCUACGUACCGACCCCUGAAGCUGUACGUGAUAUGAUCCAACAUGCUUCCAAGUUCAACAACUUGCAAGCCGCUCAAUCCAUUUUUGAAACCGUGGGUCCGUCCCUGCAUCGUCUGGACAAACAUCGUCUUACCCGCGGCAAUCAGGUCAUUCUGAAUACCAUGCUGGUCGCCUAUGCACGUAACAACCAGUUCCCCAUGGCCCAGUCUUACUACCAGAAACUACGUGAACAGAACUUACUUCCUGACGGUGACGCUUACGCGUCGUUGUUGGCAUGUGCCGGUAAUUCGCCGGAUGAUGCCUCCAUGGAUCCCUUGAAGAUAUACAAAGAAGUCAAGCAACACAAGGUCCGUCUGUCCGUGUAUUUCUUCAAUGUGGCCAUCUCUCGCCUGGUCAAGACCAAUCGUAUCGACGACGCUUUACACAUCUUCAGGGACAUGAAGGCUGAAGGCUUCCAACCGAAUUCGGUCACUUACGCCGCGGUGAUUUCCGCUUGUCUCCACCAGCACGACGAAGCGCAGGCUACACGAUAUUUUAACGAGAUGGUGUCGUCGCCGAAAUACCAGCCACGUAUUGGGGCUUUCAACCACAUGAUUCAGUAUUAUUGGCAGCAAGACAAUCCCAACAAAGCGCUAGAGUACUAUCAUCUUUUGCAUCAGUACAACCUGAAGCCUUCCGAUCACACCACAAGAUUGCUUCAGCAAAUCCAAGGUGAAGAAGCGGUGACCGCCGCCUAA